AUGAGCAUAUGCCUGGUUCUACAUUUGGCAAAAAAUGAAAAAUGAAAAAAGAGUAUGCACAUUCUAGAAACCGACCUUGUCAUUUGGGAAGUAUAUACUGGUUCUGUCUCUUACAAUCUAGGAAGCUCUAGAACAACUUAGAAAUGCACCAUUUUCAUUACUCCUUCUCAUAAAAUCACAUCAUUCCUCUCUGCUAAUCACCAAACUAAUUUCUCACCUUCUGGGUUUCUCUUCUUUCUUCUCCAUUAUCAAUUCCUUCUUCACUCUCUUGCUCACCGCCUUCAUCGUCUGCCUCUCAACUUACUGUUGAGUACAUUCACCAUCCGGGCUGUGAUUUGUGGAUAUACAAGAAUGGCUGAACCAGCAUACACCGUGGUAUCCGACAGUGAAAACACAGCAGAUGAGAAAUCUUCAUCUGCUUUCCCUGAAAUUGCGAUUGGCAUUGACAUUGGCACUUCACAAUGCAGUGUUGCUUUCUGGAAUGGCUCCCAGGUGGAGCUCCUUAAGAACACCAGAAACCAGAAGAUGAUGAGGUCAUAUGUUACAUUCAAAGAUGAAGUCCCUUCCGGUGGAGUCAGCAAUCAACUUUCUCAUGAGCAUGAAUUGCUUUCUGGAGCUGCAAUAUUCAACAUGAAACGCCUGAUUGGCAGGGUUGACACCGAUCCUGUUGUUCAUGCCAGCAAAAGCCUUCCGUUUUUGGUACAAACAUUGGACAUUGGUGUCCGACCCUUCAUCGCAGCCUUGGUGAACAAUGCCUGGAGAUCAACAACACCAGAAGAAGUCUUGGCAAUCUUCUUGGUUGAGCUAAGAGCAAUGGCAGAAAUCCAGCUUAAGCGACCAAUAAGAAAUGUUGUCCUCACCAUUCCAGUUUCAUUCAGCCGAUUCCAGCUUACUCGGAUUGAGCGAGCUUGUGCCAUGGCUGGUCUUCAUGUACUGAGACUGAUGCCUGAACCAACAGCCGUGGCAUUGUUAUAUGCUCAACAACAACAAACCGCCCAUGAUAAUAUGGCCAGUGGCAGUGAGAAAAUUGGCCUCAUUUUCAAUAUGGGUGCUGGAUACUGUGAUGUAGCUGUGACUGCUACAGCUGGAGGAGUCUCCCAGAUAAAAGCCUUGGCUGGAGCUACCAUUGGUGGAGAAGACUUGCUCCAGAAUAUGAUGCAUCAUCUGUUGCCUAAUGCUGAUACCCUUUUCUCAAGCCAUGGAAUUAGCGACAUCCAAGCAAUGGGUUUGCUUAGAGUUGCAACUCAGGAUGCAAUCCACAAACUCUCUUUUCAGUCCAGUGUUCAGAUUGAUGUUGACUUGGGAAAUGGGUUAAAGAUAAACAAGGUCUUGGAUCAACAGGAGUUUCAAGAAGUGAACAAAACGGUAUUUGAGAAAUGUGAGUCUCUCAUAAUCCAGUGCCUGCAUGAUGCCAAGGUACAAAUUGAGGAUGUGAAUGAUGCAAUUGUUGUUGGUGGGUGUUCAUAUAUUCCUAAAGUAAAAGAUCUUGUCUUGAAUGUUUCCAAGAGAAAAGAGCUUUAUAAAGGGAUGAACCCUUUGGAAGCUGCUGUAUGUGGGGCUGCACUUGAAGGGGCAGUGGCCUCUGGUAUUAGUGACCCAUUUGGAAAUCUUGACUUAUUAACCAUACAAGUGACACCUCUUGCAAUUGGAAUUCAGGCAGAUGGAGGCAAAUUCGUGCCAAUCAUAGCCAGGAACACCACAAUGCCAGCAAGGAAAGAGAUGACUUUCACCACUGUCCAAGACAACCAAACCGAGGCACUCAUCAUCGUGUACGAGGGGGAAGGGCAUGAAAAUGUGAGGGAAAAUCAUCUGCUAGGGUAUUUCAAGAUCGUUGGAAUUCCUCCCGCGCCUAAAGGCAUUUCGAAUAUCAAUGUGUGCUUAGACAUAGAUGCUUCAAAUGUGCUGAGAGUUUUUGCUGGUGUUGUACAACCAAGUUCUUAUAAACUGGUAACACCUUUCAUGGAAGUUAGGAUGCCUACAGUGGACGAUGGUCAUGGUUGGUGUGCUGAAGCCUUGCACAGAGCCUAUGGUUCUACUACUGAUUUGGUUACUGUGAAGAAGAAAAUCUAAUUCAGGGUUAUGCAACAGAUCAAACAGGCAUGAACAUAUAAUAAAACUGUUUGUGAAUUCCUUUUGUGUUGGAUCGGUUUUGUGAAGUAUUUAGGAUGAGUUGUUUGUUAUGUUAUAGCUAUGGGAUCUUAUUAUGUUACAUAUAAUAACUCUUUUAUCUUUAAA